CUGUCAACACAGAGGCAGUACGGCUGACUGGUGGGAGAGAGGCAUGCUGUGCUAGGGAUAGCCGCCGAUUCAGGCGGCUCGACUGCCGCUGCUGGUUGAAUGCUGCUACAAAGCAAAGAAUAGAUUAAACCGUAGACGGACCUACGCACAAAAAAUCAUUGUCGAGUGUCGAGAAACGCUUCACUUGGAAAUACCUUGCUCUGGAAUGGCCUAGCUUCCAGUACCCACCUUGCCAGCCAGUACUGUUUGGUCGUUGCUUAGGUAAUAAGAACAAAAACAGUGACCGAAGGUGUACGCACAUACACAAGUACGGCAGGAGUGUACCAAGACUAGCAGCCGUAGUGGGUAAGCUACGCGUAUCCAGAGAGUGACGGCGCACGACGCUCCACACAGUUGUUGUUGCUGUUGUCGUCGUCUCGACGAAUUUGUAGAAUUUGUCUCUUCCAUCUUCUUCUUCACUAAUGAUCUUGGGGACGACUACGAGCCGACGCUGCCGCGCCGCGCCGUUCGCUGACAACGAGGGCAACGAUUGUGAGUGUUCGGAGCUCUAAUUAUUGCGAUUCAUUCAUCACUUCGUUCGUCCUAUGGGAGUACUUAACGAGCGACUUCAAAUCUCUUUCAUUGAUUGAUAUCUUUUUACGUGCUCUACGUAUGCUACCCUAACGUCGUGACCUUGCGCGAAAUUUUUGCGGCGCGGCAGCGUUGUCGUUAAUAGUAUUCUAUUCUCCGUGUUAUUCUACAUAUCCGUUCGCGAGACACUAAACGAUGGAACAAGAUGAUUCCUUCGAACUGUUGUUUUGCUCAGAUGGCUUUCACUGUGACGGUUGCCGACCCCUGCGACGGCGGCCUUUGUCCCUCAGCUGCAGGGAUUGAUAUGGACGAUGAAGACAAGACAAGACGAAACCGCGAAUGGUUGACGGAGCAUCGAAAAGGAGCGUUGUUGUGGCGGGUCUGUGGUUGCCCCAAUAGGAGCAGCGCAGCUGAGUCCAAAGCGCCAUUGUGAGUGCGUCCUACAACGUCGUUGACUUCUCGGCAUCUUUCUAGGGACCAUUGCUCUAGGCGAAGACAAAAUGGGAAAUGGGACAGCAAUGUGAAAUCAGCCUGAUUCGACACGGGCGCUUUGCACAGUGACAAAGAAAGCCGUAACUUUUCUGCUGCCUAUUGCAAGAUGUUGGCCGACCUUGUUCAGCGUUAACUCAACAUGUUAUCGAUGGCCGUGGAGCUGCUCCAGGUCGUGUGCUGAUGCCACGCCGAUGGGUCGCUGGUGCCCCUGGGGGCAUAGGCGACAGAGGCGGCAAUGUUGACUUCAAGGCGAGCAGCCCCAGUUGGAUUAGAGGGGCCGUUAGAGUCACUUUGGCUCUUGCGGCCACGGCGAUUUUAGCUGGACAGAGCGUGCAUGCUGCACCGACCCUUGAAUGUAGCGUAGACAUCGAAUGUUCAACGAGGGACGCCUUCUCUGUGUGCGAUGCAAACCAUAGCAUCUGUGUUUGCACUCAAGGCCGUUACAGAGAACCACCAUACAAAAUCAUUAAAUGUUCAGUAGGAAAAUCGUAUAAUGAGAAGUGCCGUUCGUCGAAGGAAUGCCUGCUCGCCGAUCAGUACUCAGACUGUAUUGGAGGUAUCUGCCGUUGUCCUCCAAGCUAUAUUCCGAUUCCAGUUGCGAACAAUAGCCUGAGCCUAUUUCGCUGCAUGAUCGAUCCCUUCUACCUUAGCGGCGACCACGCUAACCUAACGUUUUUUAAGGUUAGCCCCGUACCGUUGUUAGUUAUAUGUAUAAUUCUCGUGUACUUGGGCUAUCAGCGUGGUGCCAAGGUGCCGCAGAGGAGAGGAAGUUCUACAACCAAUCGGCGAAUCGUACCAAUGUGGCGUGGGGUUACAUUUCAUCAGACAACACCCGUUAGUAACGGCUCGGGAUCGGCUGGGCCGAGUGGUCAGACAGCGGUUACGCCACCGCGGAACUCGACCAGCGGCUCAUCAGGAGGGGGAGCUUUAGGUGGGGUGUCUCAGAUGGCCGUUGAGAGCGGUGGUGGUGGUGGUGGACCGGGCUCUGGAGGCCAACGCAGAGAGUCCUCCGGUGGAGCUGUGUCAGCAGGAGCCGGCGAAAGGGACUCCCGUCGUGGUCGAGGGUCCGCGCACUCCCGGCGCGACUCAGGGGCGAGGGAACGCCAGGAGCGGGGAACCGCUAAUGCCCAUACUCAUUCACAUAAUAUUGCAGCCACCCAUCCCCAUAGCACAGGGCACGCUGUUGGAAGCUGUAGUGGUAGCAGCAGCAGCAAUAGUCAGCAGCACCCCCAUCAUAUACAUGAGUUAGCCAACGGCAUCUCAGAACGCCGCAACUCAGCAAUGUCUCCUCCGCCGCCAUACGCGGAAGAAGCGCCACCCAGUUACGAAGACGCGAUCAGGGCGUCACGAGUGGCUAUGCGCUUAGAGGAGGCGACUGAUCUGAGCGGCUUAAGUAGCAACAACAAUUACAACGUCAACGCGAACUCAUCGACUUCUAGCGACGAUCCCCAAAAUGUCGUAACGGGCUACGCUCCACGCAACAGCUCACUGUCAUCGUCGGGUCGUCGGGAUAUGCAGCAACAACAAAGCGUGAUCGAUAACACUGCCUCACGUACUGCGGGCGGUAGCGCUGGUGAAGGACCCGCGGACGCAUCAACCAUGAAGCCGCCUUUAUAUUCGCAGGCUUGAAAGAGCCUAAGCAAAUAAAUGACCUGUUUUAAAAUAGAAUGAGUCACCAUUGUCGAGUGAUGCAAACACACAACAAAAAAAAAAAACAAUAACAAACAGCUUACCCUUUUAAUAAUAACUAUUAUACUAUAGCAAACCGUAUAAUUAUAUCAAGUGGCGAGGCAAAGGGGAAGAAUGUACUAAAGUUUUGCACAUACGUACUUGAAGUGGUAUAACAGUUAUAAUAACGGUAAUAAUGAACAAGCGGUUAAAAGAUUAAGCAAAGCAAAAGCGGUCAUUUUGGUGGUGUACUUUGAAGAUUCUUGGAAAAAAAUUAAGGUCCGCCCCGACCUGAAAAGGGCAAGGCCAUGAUCUAAAUCGUGUCGUAACAAAACAACACAUCAUAUGAGAGCUUUAUCUAACGGUCAAGUACAGAAGAUGUUGACGGCAGUCGAUUGAAUCUCAACUGAAACAUUCGCGAUACCGCGUGUUUGAAGGUUAAAGGGUUAUUGCAGCAAGUUAGAGAGCUCAUUGACAAAAUUGUAGAUGAUAAAGUCUGAACACUGCAGAGGAAGGCACUGCUAAUUGCAGUAGCUGUCUGUAGCCAUAAGUGAUAUAACAGUCGAUGCAAUCAGAUAUACAAUAGCAGAAAAAGAUUGAUCAUAGUUUGAGUGAUGACAGCGGAGUCUGUGCGCAAAAUUCACUGCCUCACAAUGUUGAAGUCUGUCAUGAUCUCAUAAAAUGGUGAAGUCCUCUGAACGGACACACAAAAAAAACUCACUCAACCCCUCCGCAAGAUGUCAGCUAAUUAUAUCUAGCAGCAACACAAACGUAAAAUAGACAGAAUUACCUGCGUCUUAAACGAAUAAUGAAUCUUACUAUUCGGGUCAAUUAGCAGUUGAUGGUAGAGUCGACCCUGACGAACAGCGGCAGAUGCUCUGGAAAAGACGCAUGCGAACCGCGCAGUUCUUCGAAAACACUUCAUAAUGAUCUCAGCUAACCAGAACCAGCUAAUAACCUAUCUAAUUUGUACGUGCAUUAGCCUAAACUUAUUUGAUCCAACGCAUAGGUUCGCUCUAGGAACAUAGAAGACAAGGGACUUUUGUUAAAGAACUUCAUACCCAAGAGUGUGGUCAUCACUCCGUAAUCUACUCCGUAGAAGGGGGCGGAAAUAGGUUAUGAGGUCGACUGUUGCCGACAACUCACACGGAACAGAUAUAUUACAUUUGACAACAUGUAUGGCGCAGUAUUUUGGUAGGAUCGCAAACAUUUACAGCUUACGCGUGUAUGAACACAGCAAAGGAGGGACGUAAUUGUUUUUAAGUUUUUUUCAGCGGUUGAAUUUGAUACAUAUAAUGGCUCUCGCUGCAUUUUUCAAGCCUUCUGAAAAGGCUUUCUUAUAAGGCAUUUUUUUUUAUUAAUAUUUUCAUUAAUAGUCGAACUUUAUACGCGUAUAAAUAGCAGUUGCAUACAGAUACAGUCAUCAUUAUAUUAGUUGAGCUAGCAUAAAUGUUACUGACAUUACUAGGAUACGUAUGUGUAUAUCAGUCGAUAUUAAAAAUUCUGUUCUUCGGUCCCAAACAUACGGUUUAUCCACUCUUUACUGUUAGUGUGGUAACGUCUUUCUAUCCAGCCGUACGAGUAUAACAAACGAAAGAUCUGACUAAUGAUAUGAUAAAUUCCGACGGUGAUGGUAACAAAGCAAACAGAAGCUGAGGUUGGUAGUUCUCCAAAUAUCAGUGCAUGUUUUGACUAAGUUUUGGGUUUGAAAUCCGUUGGGUCUUUGGAGAUAUCUAGGAGCGAAGAGAUGCUCGCUUGUAGCGUAACAAAGCAGUACUUGGCAGUUGUUAAAGCCAUUGAACGGGCUACCCGAAAGCGCCUCGUAAUGAGCCAUCGCAGUUAGUUGCCGCGAAGUCUGUGUUACCCACCUGUAGGCCUCAGACGCACACAGCCAUGAUCAUACAGAGAUACAACAUACAAAUGCAACACAGCGACCAGUAUCUCAGUGAAUCAGCCACCUUAGAAAUUUACGAUAAACGAAGUUCAGAAACGUAUAUCGAAAAAAUCAACCAAAAAGACGGUACUCCUAAAGUUACUCAUAAGACAUACACGAAUGCAAUUCAGAACUAACGUCUUGUCAGUCAACAAGGUCACAUACGUAUUAGCUGAAUGAAGGGACGAGCCGUAGCGUGUUGUCUCGGUAAGCAGCCAAGCGAGGCGAAAAGCAGACGUACCGUGUCCGAAUCGAGAACACAAUUCGGUCAGGACACGCCACACAUCCAUGGCCGGUACCGAUUAUAUGACUGUAUUGACUGCAAUUGCUAAACAGCGCGAACGCUAUGGAUAAAUAAACUUGAGAAAACGGAAGACUAACGUUGAAACCAACGAAAAGAAGACGAGGGACUCGAGAGAGAGAAUCACAAUUAUCAUGUUAUCUAUGGUUACACCAACUACAGCCGCUAGGCGAAUAGCAGACAGUUUGACAGAAGGAGGCGACACGCCGGGGCAGAGAGAUGAAUUAAAUGGUAAAAACAUUUAUAGUAUUUUUUCCCUUUUUCACUUUGUCCACUUUUCUAACGCUCGAUCGACUUCCAAUUUUUCCCAAGUGGGGUCUAGAAGCAACAAAUACUAAUUACAGUAAAAUAAGUACAGCAACGCUGUUUGGUGACGAGAACGUUACGGGGUAUAAACAACGCGACGCUGGCUAUUGGCUGCUAGGCAAAGAUUGUAAGCUGAGACUAUACCGCUCAUGUAUUAUAUAGUAGUAUUAAUCCCAAUAGAAACAAUACUAGCGAUACGAUCCAUAGGCUAUGUGUAGGAUUAGCGUCGUGUGGCAGAACUAGCCAAGAGCCUCUUUUCGUACUUUCCUAUUAUAGCAGUUCGCUUACAUGACAUUAUCAUGAAACAGGCCAUAAUUAUAGUACAUCUACUAUUUAAAUACAUAGGAAAUAAGCAGCAGUUACACUAGCGCCUACUAUAAAACGAAAGGACGGGGUACCUGUUCUCAUCGUUCAAGUAGGAACAAGACGCCAUCACUUCAUCAUUUUUAUACGGACUUCAUGAAAAAAGACGGAAGCAGACCAUAUUUUCUAACGCUAAUAGAUAGAUGUUGGCGACAGCUCCAAUGAAAAGUCACUUAUUAUUACUACUACUACUACUUCUUCUACUACUGUGACGGUUAGCAGAGACGACAAUAGUUGAUGAUGUGUGAGUAAAAUGAAGGGCAGGGUGGCAUUACGUCUGAGUAAAACUGAUCUGUUAAAAUAGCUUUUUGUCAGCUUUACUACUGCAAGUGUUAUGUGGGUCACUGGAAUGAAUGUAAAGGAACGUGCUAUCAGCAAGGAAACAUACAGAAGGGUAGAACUCGCUCGAAACACUUACGUUUUACUUCUGAGCUAGUUUAUUUGAUAUGUAUUUUUAUAUAUAUAUAUAUAUAUAUAUAUAUAUAGCUAGCUUGAAUAACGAUUUAUAUUGGCGUUACGUUGUGCGUCUAGACGCUCGCUAAGAAAGUCUACCGACAAACUAUAUGUAGAUAAUGGAGCCGAUAGAAUUGCCUAGGCGUUGCCAGCAGAGUAUUGACACUAGAAGAGCUUACUAGCUAAUUUGUUUACUGUUCCUAAUUGUAUGCCGCUAACGAACACAGUUGGUUUCCGUGUGCCAAAACAAUGUGCUUUGAUACGAACUUGAAUAAAGAAAAACGACAGUAUGACUCA